GGGCCCUGGCGGGGCCGCCCCAGCUGACCCAGCCGUCCCCAUCCCACGUGGUGGACGAGAAGAUCCCACGGCUCCGCUGCCUGAUGUCGGGGAGCGACAUCACCACCCACGUCCUGUCCUGGUACCACCAGCCCCCCGGGCAGGGCCCCGUCUUCCUGCUGAGCCACCGGGCCGGGGACAACAGGCCCACGUACGGGGUCGGCGUCUCGGAGCGCUUCAUCGCCAGCCUGGAGCGUGACACCAACGCCUUCAGCCUCACCAUCGGCAACGUGAAACCCACUGACGCCGGCACCUACUUCUGCGCCGUCUGGUACGCCAACCAGUACCUCUUCGGAGAGGGCACCCGCCUCGUCCUGGGAGGUGAUCCCCGGGAGAAGCGCCUGCCGCAGGUGGCCCUGCUGGGUCCAGCUCCGGCGGCCGGCCCGGCCUUCCUGUGCCUGGCCUGGGGGUUCUCCCCGGAGCCGGUCCGGGUGCGCUGGCAGGUGGACGGGCGGGAGCCGGGGCCCGGGGAGGUGUCCCCGCCGGCGGAGGGCCGGGAUGGGGCUGGGGCCGCCAGCCUGCUCAGCCUCCCGGCCCGGGCCUGGCUGGACGGCGCCCGCGUGACCUGCCGGGUGGAACACGAGACCCAGGCCCAGCAGAGCAGCGCCGAAGUGAAGGGAGCCGGGCGCCGAGGUUGCUCGGUAUCCGCCGGAGACCCCGUCCCGCCGCCUGACCCUCUCAGCAACGGGACCGCGGGGAGCACUGCCCUCCAGAGCACCGGGGCCCCGAGCCUGGGCCGGAUCGUGCUGACGGCCUGGCGCUGCUACCUGGGGUCACUGGCCGCCAGCUGCCUCUACGGCCUGGGUGUCUCCCUCCUCGUGGGGCUGCGGGGGCUGCAGGAACUCAGGCGUCCGGGGCCACCCCCACCCCCUCCGGGAGCCCGGAGGAGAGCUGGCGAGGAGCGUCGCUUCGAAUGA